GCUACGUGCCGAUUUUCCCAUCGUCUGCCAGAGGCUCGCUUCACGAUUAACGCACUACUCUCCAGAUUCUGUCACAUCUGUCCGCUUUUUUAGGUCGCAAUAAUGUCAGAAACGGAACAAAAAUCACCGGCCGAGGACCAGGGAGAGGAGACCAAAGCACCGACCGAAACUGGGGAGGAACAGCCGGCCACGACGGACGCCACCGAGCAGGCCGCGGACGCUCAAAAAGAUGGGGACGUUAAGGAGGGUGGGGCCGCUGAAAACGAGGAAACCGCACCGGCCACUGCCGAAACGGAGACAGUAGAAGAAACUAAGCCUGUUGUUGCCGAGGUGAUUCUACUGGAGAACCCCACGGAAAAUCCCUUCUCGGAGGAUGAUUUGGAACAGGUCUUACAACUUGAGGCGAGCGAGGGAGAGGACAAGGGAUGGGAGAAAUCGAAGAAGAUUAAGGGCGUGACCAUCUUAAAGAAACCUGAGAAGAAUGGCGUCCCGUUGGUUAAGGCAUACAUGGACUUCAGUGGUAUCCCAUGUGAAAAAGUGCUUGAAUUCUUCACUGAUGCUGAGCUCAGGAAGAAAUGGAGCAGAAAGACACCCAACUAUGAAAUACUUGAGGAGAGGGAAGACUUUAAAAUUGUCUACACUGUGAUUAAAAUGCCAAUGGCGUGUGAUGACCGAGACGUCGUGCAGUGCAUUCAAAUACGAACCGACGAGGAACAGAAAAGACACGUGGUCUUAUACAAGAGCUGCAACCAUCCAAACAAGCCACCUACCAAGGGAACCACCAGAGCCGAAGUUGGAACCAUGGGAUUGGUGAUCCGACCAAAAGAUGACGACGAGACUUCCACACGAGUCACGUGGCUUAGUCAGAUCAACCUGAAGGGCUGGGCACUCAAGAUGAUCGUCAACAGAGUUACCGUCGGGUAUCCUGUCUCACUCUGUGACGAUCUGCAGCAGUAUUGGAAGAAAACGACGGCUCCCAAGGAACCGGAAAAGAAAGAAGAGAAUGAGACACCAAACGAAGAGGAUAAGCCAGAGGAAAACGCAGAGACGAAACCAGCUGAGAAUGGAAAGGCUGGAGACAAUCCUGCAGCGACCGAUGGACCAGUUGAGAACAACGUGGCCGCCGUACCAGCCGCACCAAUCACCGUAGAAGGAGAAGACAUCCCUGCAGCCGAUGGAGAAGAGAAGGAGGAGCCUACAGAGGAGGCGUAAAAGUAGAUAGAGACCGUAGGAGUCAGGCAUCGUAGAUUAGAGGGAGUCAGGGCGCAAAACAACAAUUUUUCUAUUCCAUCCCUUCAUCGAUGGGGUUAAGUCUUCACUUCAAUUGGUAGGCGUAAACAAAAAGGGUUUCACCAAAGACUAGAAUUCGGCACAACCUUUUUUUGUUUGUCCAUGACAUUGACUCAGGCUUAAAUACACUUAAAUUAAUCGAAAUAGAUUUCGAAGUUCAAAGUUAAAGGUAAAGUUACACCGGUUAUGUGUUUGGCCGACGUUUAAAACCAGCCGUUGUUCCAUCAGCCAUUACAAUUCUGAAUGGUUCUGUGAUACAUUGCUAUCUUAACUAAUGGUUGGUUUACAUUUCGUCACACAAAGUGACGACAAAUGACACUAAGCUUGACCAACAACGGGCGCCUUUUAAAGCCAAUUUGAAGGAAAAGACAUUCUACGAAGUCUGUUACUCAUUACAUCCUUACAUCCUAUGGAAUUUUCUUUACUGUGCAACUCUUAAUUUAAAUGUAUAAUUUUCUAUCACAAUCAGUGUUGAAACAUGUGCCCUUUAACUGUCAAAUUAUAAGGCAACUUCUUUCCACUGUCACGUCAAUUGAAAUAAUAUUUCUUUUCAAACAAAUUAUUUUAAUUUUAUGUUUGAAAUUUGACUCAAUAAUCGUCAUUUAACCUGGAUUAUCAUUACCUGUGUUUGUCUUUGUACACCAAAACCGAGUUACUUUUUCCAGCAUAUCUGGAACGAUGUGGAAUUGUCCCGAAACCACAAUGUAAAGUUGUAUUCAAAGAAAAAGGUUAUUUAAUUACAGAUACACUACUUUAAAAGAGAUGAAAAUACUAAUUCUGACUUAGGGAAGAUACCUAAUAAUGGUAAAAUGGGGUUUGUGUAAUUUUUGCUGUAUAAGUUAAAAUGGCUGCCGAGUUAAGAUAUUUCUAUCAUAAGCAGUGUUGUUGCGACAGUACGGUAUACAUGUUGGUUGUAUAAUAACAAAUACAUAAUAGAGGUAGAUGUACAAUGUAGUUAUUAUAUGGAAUUUUGACGCGUAAUUUGCAGACAUUUUGCAAACAAGAAAUAAUUAUAAUUCGGUGUUUAAUCCCAUUAUAAUGUUGUGGCCUUUAUUAUUUUUCAAAAUGAUAUAACUACUACUCUAGCUGGAGAUAGAACUUAUGCAUUGAAGUAAUUUUAAGAGGUAAAACGAUGACGAAUUCGUGGAGAACACACAUGUAAAACGCGCAGAUGGUGGUCCGUUGAGCAGUUAUUUGUUUUACCUCUAAAGGAGGGCGCUCUACAAGUGACGUCACAAUGCAUUUGGUCUAUGAUCGAACGUGAUGGUCAUCAGGCUUGACUUUUAUUGAAAAGGGGUCUCAAAUGUCAAAUAGAUGUGCUCAUUUUCCCAUAGAUUUAGUAGUACUGAAAGUGGGGGAAGGUGUUUGCAUGAUGCUGAAACGGGGGACUUUUUGGACGAUGGUGGCGGCAGACUUACCGGGUAAAUCCAUUCGGGGUUCUUGGUGAUGUGCGCAUGGUCAGAAAUACGCAAACAGUUUAAAUUUACCUAGCGUUGAAAAUGAGUGGAUCAUAAAACUGAAUUUUGUCAUUGGAGACUUUCUUUGACAAAAAUAAAUAUAAAAACUGUUAUAUGUAAUCCUUAUUAUCCAUUUCAAUGCAUGAACAUGUACAAGUAAUUGGUGUCGUGUUAAGUGUUAUACCAGAUGUAAAAUAUUACAGUUAUCGUCCUAACAGUGUUUAUGUGGGGAAAAAAAAGUAAGAGCCAUUUUAAAAAAGGAAAACAUAAUAUCAAAAUGUUAAUCAUGCGCGAAUCCUUGCCUACGUUUCACAUACUGUUAUUUUAUACCAGCUGGGUAAAUUCUAAAACUAAAAUAUAGCGGGGGAUUUGUACGCUCAACGUAAAAAACAAAAUAUGUAUCCAUUUAAAGAAGCACAAAAAUAUAUAUAAGAAGACAGGCUGCUGCUUGAUCUAAUUUCUGCACUUCUCUGCGUUUAAUUAUGAUCCCAAAGUAUGAUAAAGUACUGUGCAACUACUAGGAGUACAUGUAUGUUUCGUAAAUUCACUAAGGGUGGUACUAGUGCAUUGAUGCAACACAGAGCGUAACCACUAAACAACUCCCAUGACCAGAUUUCCAACAAUAAUUUGUUUGUGUGUCAGUGUGUACAAAAAAUAGAUAGCAUUGUAAAGAAAAAGAAAUACCUUGUGAAAAUUACAAUUGAUAUUAUUCAGUUUCUAAGCAGUAGUAUCUCGUUACCUACUGAAUGUUAUCGUGCCUGAAUAAUUAUAAAAAAAGUUAACAUAAAGGCCUUUUUGCUAUUGAAAAAAAAGUGAAGUAAAGGUAAUAGUUAAACAACCCAACGCUUUGACGUUCCUGCCUUAGCAGAAAUAUUUGCUUGCUGUCUUUUUUGUUAUCUUUUUUUAUUCAUGUUUGUAACAAACAAAAAAUGCGUAUAUAUAGCUUUAUUAUUUCAAAAGUAUUUUGUUAUCAAUGUUGAAUGAUAUGUAAGGCAACAAGGAGACGCAAUGAUAUAAAGUACUGAUAUCUUUAACUGCUGUAACUACCGGCUGACAUUAAUGAUAAUUGAUAUUCAUGAAACAUCACACGGCUAAAACCUGUUGAAAAUGUCAAUCAGUAUUAAUGGUUUCAUUGUGGCUUUUCGAAACCCUUUUCAACUUAGGUCUCGUUCAAGUCUGUUUCAUCUUAUCACUAUCAUUAUUUUUUCAUUAUAUAUUUCGAUAAUUUCUCACAAUGUUACCAGCUAACGCAUAAUAAUUAUGUGGAAGCACGUAAACCAUUACCAUCCACAGCUAAGAUUUAUUUAUUUUUUAUUAGAUAGUAAGGAUAGAAAAAAACAGUCAUUGAAUACAUAAUGUCAGUUAAUGACCAAUAGUUGGCAUGUUUUCUUUUAUGAAAUUUCUUUUUCAGUUUUCAAUUUAACAAAAUGUAGAAAUAGCGAAUGGUUUUAAAAUAACUGACAAAAUCGUUUGAAUUUAGUUGCAGAAAGUAUGGAAAUAUUAGGUUUAAAUUAUUCGAAGGGUGCUUCUUUACAUCUUGUUUGUACUUAUACGAUGCUUUUGAUUGAAAUUGUACAUGGUAAAUUUUUUUCUGGAAAAGCUGAUAUUUCGGUAGAUUUUAUACAGAGCGUAGCACAAUACUGUAUUCACCGUUAAUGCAGCCCAGAUACGAGAAUAGCUGGAGCACUUCCUUUUUAGUUAACGAUUAGGCAAAAUUUAGGAUUUUUAAAGGAACAUUGAAGAAUUGGUUUUUGCUAACAAAUCAGUUGCGUGCAGUGUAAGCACACUGUAUGUGAUCCAUCAUGCAUGUAUACUGACAAACCUGUAGGAGUUUGAGAUAGAUUGACCAUCUAGAUCACGAGAAAAUAGUGAGAGAGACAAAAAGAUAACACAUUUUGUCUGGCGUCAAUACAAAACUAAAAGUGAGUACAACGUAAUGAGCGAUAAGCUCCAAACGCGUAACUAGAUAUUUAUUUCUCAUCAAAAUGGCAUUUCAGACAGAAAUAUUUCGAGGGAAGUUUUCUGCUAUCAUCAUCAUUAGACCGUGAAAGUUUUAUGUAAUUAAUUCGUGAUCUUCACGAUUUUUUGUUCUUACCAAUUCUGUAAUGUUCCUUUAAGUUAGAAGUGAAAAUAGACAAUUUUCGGGAAAAGAGCGACUUAGUUGCGGUUAGCAUUAAAAACAACUACAGCUGGUGACGAAUUGUUAACCAUUAAUUAACUAGACAUCUGUCUAGCUCCAUAUAGUGUUGGCGAAACCCGGGCAUGUAGACAUGAACAAACAUAGUCCUAUUAAAAGAACAUGGACAAGGUAGUUUAGAUCAUAAAGGAUUUCUUUCUUUAAAUCGUGGUCGAUAAAGUGUAUCAUAUACUUCAAAAAAAAAACUUAGAUUGAUUAAAAUACAAAAACUUCAUUUUUAUUUUAAUAAAGCAUGAAAUGGUUUACUGCAUAAUAUACUGCCGGGUGGAAAUUACAAACAUCGUAAAACUGUUAACAGUGUCUAAGUUGAGUAGGCCUACUCGAGCUUUGAAAUCGUCUUAUUACAAUGGUUGCAUUUUUUUCAUACACCAUUAUUUUGUAAUGUGUGAGCAUUAUUAUGGCCACUUUCGAAAGCGUGGGUUUGGGUCAUGGGCUCCGUCGGAUAUAUUUAGAAGGCGUGUGUUGUUGUUAUGUUGCUUCAAGCAGGCGGCCGGAGCCCAAGUCAAAUCCAAACCCGUGGUUUCGAAAACGGCCUUUGUUUACAAGUGGAAGUAUUAUCUCGCUUAUAGAAGGAGCUCCUCGUAUAUCGGGUACUGUCUCUCCAUCUUUUGAUUGGAUACAUAUAGAAUCAUUGACCAAUCAUGUGGCCUGAUUUCUGAGUCAGUAUGACCUGGAAUCUGUUACACGGUGUCCCGAAACUUUGUCAAACUAACGCAGAAUCAAAAUGCAUUAUUUAACCAGUUUCAGGGUAAUUUAUUGACCGAAAUUGGGUCAGGUCCUCCUGUAACUCGGAAUUCAGUUAAUUUCUGAAGCGGGAGUCUUUAAAGUUAAUAGAAACAGUUGAGACACCAGUGACCAGGGCCCAUUCUUAUAAAGCCUGUAAGCACAAAAACCUGCUAAGCACAGAAAGGUUUUGCUAAACAGAAACAGGUUACCAGCCAAGAAAAUCACUCGAAGGAUACAUUGUUGUGACUGGUGUUCUACUCAAUUUGUUCUAGGCAAAGACAUUGUCAACCAGUAUUUUCUGCAUAACAGCUUUAUGAAAUUGGGCCCUUUAAAAAUACUAACCAAGUUAAAGGCUUGUAUAGCCGGCCUUCCGUAGAGAGAUUCGAAUAAACUAUUAUCAAGCGGUGCAUGUUAUUUUUUCUUCCACGAAAUAAGACAAAUCUUCUAGUAUUUUUUACGCUUUUAAAGUAUACCUCUUUUUACAUACAUUCCGUAGUCAUUCAUUUUAAGUUUUUAAUACUAAAUUUAUUAUUGAUAGCUUAUUUAUAAUAGGUCACAGAGUUCAUGGUCGCCCCCUAAAAAGUAGCUGAGAAUAAAUAAUAAAAAGCGCGUGUAUUGAUAUAACAGU